AUGGCUUCGAGAAGUUCAAACCCCUGCGAUUCCGAUAGGGCGCAAACUCGAACUGGUAGUGCUAAUGUGGAACACAUUCAAUCCGGAGACGUGAGCGCGCUCACAGAAGUUCUUAGUGAGGAGACCCGACUUCCGCGGGCUUCAACCCAAGAGGCCAAGGACCUCGAGGGUGAAAAGUCUGUUGCUCGUGUUAAGUCGAGUAGCCCAACAGGUUUGGAGGGGCGUGACCGCCCCCAGAAGAAGGCAAAGACGAAAGGCUCAGACCAUCGUCUCCGUGUCUCAGGUGAAGCGCCAGUUGCUAAACCGUUUCAUUGGCAGUUCUCACACUCUAAGGAUUGCACUAUUACAGAAGAUCCGAACAGUGUUACUCACUUGGUGAGGCACUUCAAACCUGCUGGAUGUCCGCUUCCUUCUUGGCGAAAUAUGACGGAACGCGAAGCUUAUGUAAAAACGGCUGUGGCUCAUGCUAAGGCUAUGGAGGCUAACAACGAGUUCGCGGCGACUUUGGAAAAGCGCCUGCAAGAUGUCUCUCACUCUAACGAGCUUUACAAGAUAAAGAAGGUCGUUCGAGAGUUAAAGCUCGGUUUGAAGAUGGCUCAAGAUCGGGAGCGUGCAAAUGCUGCUCAACUGGCCGCUGCUCAGAAAUUGGGGAAUCAGGCUGCUUCGCUUGAAGCUCGUCUGCGAGUUGUGAGUAAUGAGAGGAAAUCGGCCCUUGAGCAAGUUUCCUUUUUGGAAGCGAAGGUUGAAUCUUCUGCUAAUAAGUUCUCUGACGACCUUCGUCGCGCAACUUAUGACGCUAAAACGGCUUUGGCGGACAGCUACUUGGACGUGUUGGUGUCUCUGAAAGAAAAGUGGGAGAAGAAGAAGGCCGCGACUGAUUCUGAGGCUUGUCUUACUGAGGUUAUGGCAAAUAUAGAUCUCUUGAAGGAGAUCAUGAACAACAAUUUUUUGGCCUCGGACGAUUUGUUGCGACUUCGAACGAAGGAGGUCGAGCUCGGGUCCGAGCUCGAUGUGAUGGCGGUUUUGUAUUUUUCCGUUGGUAAGCUCGAUUUGCCUCAAAUUUCGGAGGAUCUGCCAGAAGAUUUCUUUGCUAGGGACUCUUCUGCGGCGAACGGUGCGGAUGACGUGACGAAGUGCUCGGGUGGUCAGUUCGAGGAUGGCGAAUUCGGCAUCGAAGAGUAG